CAUGGUGUGUGUGUGUGUGUGUGUGUGUGUGCGUGUGAGGGAGAGAGAGGGGGAGAGAGGGGGAGACAGGCUGUCACUAGGCAUUUGGACAUUUGAAGAUUUUGCAAAUUUUGAGGUCUGGACAUCACGGAGGCGUUGAAAGGGAACCGGUAAAAAAGCGGCGCUUUUUCUAUUCGGUGCUGUUUUUCCCGUUCGCUGUAAAGCAGAAGCCCAGCCAGCAGUCAGAAUGGGAAACCGGGGGAUGGAGGAUUUGAUUCCGCUGGUUAACCGAAUGCAGGAUGCGUUUUCUGCGAUCGGACAAAAUGCCAACCUGGACCUUCCCCAGAUCGCAGUGGUUGGCGGUCAGAGCGCAGGAAAAAGCUCUGUGCUGGAGAACUUUGUGGGGAAGGACUUUCUGCCUAGAGGAUCUGGCAUUGUGACUCGCCGACCCCUAGUGUUGCAGCUGAUCAACUGUCCAACAGAAUAUGCUGAGUUUCUUCACUGCAAAGGGAAAAAGUUCACUGAUUUUGAGGAAGUGCGUCAGGAGAUCGAAGCAGAAACAGAUCGCAUCACUGGACAGAACAAAGGCAUCUCUCCUGUACCCAUCAACCUGAGAGUCUACUCCCCAAUUGUAUUGAAUCUGACUCUGGUGGACUUGCCUGGAAUGACCAAAGUGCCGGUGGGGGACCAGCCAGCUGAUAUUGAAUUCCAGAUCAGGGAAAUGAUCAUGCAGUUUGUUACAAAGGAGAACUGCCUUCUGCUGGCCGUUUCUCCUGCCAACUCAGACCUCGCCAACUCAGAUGCCCUCAAGAUUGCCAAGGAAGUGGACCCUCAAGGUGUUAGAACGAUUGGUGUGAUAACUAAACUGGACCUGAUGGAUGAGGGCACAGAUGCAUGUGAAAUCUUGGAGAACAAGCUUCUUCCUUUGCGUAGAGGCUACAUUGGAGUUGUGAACCGGAGUCAGAAAGAUAUUGAUGGAAAAAAGGACAUAACUGCUGCCAUAGCAGCUGAGAGGAAGUUCUUCCUCAGCCACCCUUCCUAUCGCCACCUGGCUGAUCGCAUGGGGACCCCUUACCUGCAGAAAAUCCUAAAUCAGCAACUGACCAAUCACAUUCGAGACACACUGCCAGGGCUGAGGAACAAGUUGCAAAGUCAGCUGUUGUCCAUUGAGAAGGAAGUGGAAGAGUACAAGAACUUCCGCCCAGAUGACCCCUCCCGCAAGACCAAAGCCCUUCUUCAAAUGGUUCAGCAGUUUGCAGUGGAUUUUGAGAAGUGUAUUGAGGGAUCUGGUGAUCAGAUUGACACUUAUGAGCUGUCAGGGGGAGCCAGGAUCAACCGUAUUUUUCAUGAGCGUUUCCCCUUUGAACUGGUCAAGAUGGAAUUUGAUGAGAAAGAGUUGCGCAAGGAAAUCAGUUAUGCUAUUAAAAACAUCCAUGGUAUCAGGACUGGCCUCUUCACCCCUGAUAUGGCCUUUGAGACGAUUGUGAAGAGACAGAUAGCUAAGAUCAAAGAGCCAUGUCAGAAAUGUGUGGACAUGGUCAUCUCUGAACUGGUCAAUACAGUCAGACAGUGCACUAAGAAGCUUGCUCAGUAUCCAAUGCUGAGGGAGGAAAUGGAGAGGAUUGUCACACAGCAUAUCAGAGAUAGAGAGAGUCGCACAAAGGACCAGGUGAUGCUUUUGAUCGACAUUGAGCUGGCCUACAUGAACACCAACCAUGAAGAUUUCAUUGGUUUUGCCAAUGCCCAACAGAGAAGUAGUCAGAUGAGUAAAAAGAAGGCUGCAGGGAAUCAGGAUGAGAUAAUGGUUAUCAGAAAGGGCUGGCUAACCAUCAAUAACAUUGGUAUCAUGAAAGGAGGGGCAAAAGAGUACUGGUUUGUGCUGACUGCUGAGACUCUGUCCUGGUACAAAGAUGAUGAGGAGAAAGAGAAGAAAUACAUGCUGUCUGUGGAUAACCUGAAGCUUCGAGACAUUGAGAAAAGCUUCAUGUCUAGCAAACACAUCUUUGCCCUCUUCAACACUGAACAAAGAAACGUGUAUAAGGAUUAUAGGCAGCUAGAAUUGGCGUGUGAGACACAAGAAGAGGUGGACAGCUGGAAAGCCUCCUUCCUGCGUGCUGGUGUUUACCCAGAACGCAUUGUGAGUGAAAACAGUGAGGAGAGCAGCUCGGACAGUUUCAUGCACUCAAUGGACCCUCAGCUGGAGAGACAGGUGGAAACCAUCCGCAACCUGGUGGACUCCUAUAUGGCUAUCGUCAACAAGACUGUGCGCGAUUUGAUGCCCAAGACCAUUAUGCAUCUUAUGAUCAUCAAUACUAAAGAGUUCAUCCUUGCUGAGUUGCUGGCCCAGCUUUAUUCGUGUGGAGAUCAGAACACUUUGAUGGAGGAAUCAGCGGAACAGGCGCAGCACAGGGAUGAGAUGCUGCGCAUGUACCAUGCACUCAAAGAAGCACUGAGCAUAAUUGGAGACAUCAGUACAACCACUGUGUCCACUUCCAUGCCUCCUCCAGUGGAUGAUUCUUGGCUGCAGGUGCAGGGAGGACCCUCAGGACGAAGAUCCCCCAUGUCCAGCCCUACACCUCAGCGCCGUGCCCCUCUUGGACCUCCUCGCCCUGGAGCUCGUGCUGCUCCUGGGCCUCCUGCUAUCGGAGCUCCACCUGUUCCCUCCAGACCUGGAGCCUCUCCAGACCCCCACAGUGCCCCACCACCCCAAGUGCCCUCACGUCCCAACCGUGCUCCUCCAGGAGUUCCUAGAAUUUCUAUCAGUGACGAAUGAGGAGGUCCACAAAUGUCGCCCGAGCAAAGGCAGCCCUUCUCAUGGAGAGAGUCCUCAUCCUUCGUUUGACUCAUAGAACCCAUCCUUCCGCUCACUCUCUCAACUGCCUUUUCUCUGACCACGAGGAUGUUGAAGGUUGGACACGAAGGCCAGAUAAAUCCAUCUGCUAUGAAGAUUUGUUUACAAUAUGUGUUAAUGUGUGAUUAGAUUCAGAGGAGAUAUAGACUGAUAUAGAGGGAUAAUAACAGAGAGAUUGUGAAAGAAUUGAGAUGGACCCAGUGUGGACUCAUAUACCAGUGUUUACUGCAGUGUUAUUUGUAAUAAAGGUGCUGUGCAGUGUUUCCAUGUUUACACAAUAGAUAAUGUCAAUGUGUUCUGUAUUGAGCUGUGACUAAAGAAAUUGCUGCAAACAUUUUGCCUUCUUUGUCAGAUUACAAAUGGGUUACUGUACACAUGCAAUCAGCCUCCAUCUGAGGCAGAGCUAAAUAUUCUGUUAUGAUUAAUGUUUAAUUUAUUAUUAAUCACAACAUAAAAGUAUUCAUGUUGUGUGCAAGAUCCUUGGAUCCAGCUAUGGAUCCUAUGGAUACAGCUCUGCUGUAUUUAAAGUAAUCUAUCACCUGAAAACAAUUAAUGAUGCUAAUAAUGAAUUAAAGUUAGUAGGAGUAAGUUAAUAUUAUGCAAUGAAACCAUGCUACUGGAUUUCCUCCUUCUUUUCUUAUUAGCUUUUAAAUUUUAUUGAAGACUUCAGAUACAAAUAUUGGAAUAUGUGUUGUGCAAUAUGUCUAAUGGAGUAUGUUGUCCAAAUUAUAAAAGAAUUGUGUUGCCUUGCUUUAAUUUAAUGAGACCUGAGAGGAAUAACUUCUUGAAUAUGAUUUUAGAUGAGAAUGUAGUUUAAUCUGAGUAAAUGAAAGAAAAAAGCCAACAAAUGUGAGUAAAAAAUUGUUUCCCACUAUUUUUCAGUGUUAUACACAGAUUUGUAUUGUGUUGGUGUAAUGCAUCUCUGGGAAUUUUGCUUCUGUAACUUUGUGCACGUUGUACAAUAUUUAAGUAGCUAAUGACAAAGUGAAAGAAGUGACUGUAAACAAAGGAGUGAUACUGUAUGUGUAUAUAUUCUGAGUUGUUCUGUUUAAAUGAAUAAUGUGAAUGUGUUUGUGUCUAGUACCUGAUAUGGCCUCCUGGAUCUUAAUGCAACUGGUCCAGCCUGAGAAACUGGCCAGUGUAUUUUGUUUUCAUUAAACUGAGGAAGAUAUAA